GGCCCCCCUGCCAGAUUGGACCGGGUACGUUCCAGCACCGAGGGAAUCAGCAUGUGCUCUAACAUGUGCCAUCAUGUAUGACUCACGAGUUACAUUGCACUUAGUUUCGUCAUUGCUUACUGAUACAGUCAGCCUGCAAGGAGUGUAUUAUUACCCACAAAGAUUAAAUAUAACUCCAUGUCAUGAUAUACUGAAUAUUAGCCAUAAUCAAACCUGAAAUGGGUUAUCAUUUAUUAGAAACAGAUCAUUACUCUACGUAGUUGGAGCUACAAUAUCAUUAUUUGGCUUUUUUCAAUUUUAAAUGUAAUUAUGAAGACAGCUAUCAAGCAUUACAAAAUAGGUGCCUUUUCCAUUUUGAAAUGUGUGGUUUUUUUUUUUUUUUUAAAUGAGUAAAAUGUUACAACAGCCUUUUAAACAAUAACAUGGCUGAUGGCAUAUACUUCAUUUAGCCAUAGCCUUGUGCUUAAGGUCAUGACACUGUAAGGUGUUUAUUAGAAAGAAUUAAUGCUGAUAUUUCUAUAAAUAUCUAAUUUUCAUCCAUCAUCUGUUCACUGUUACAGUAAUAAUAAUAAUAAUAAUAAUAAUAAUAAAAACAGUCCAUCCUGAAAGGGUAAUGUAUUUUUUUUUUUUCCUAGAUUUUUUUAAAGCGGAGUUAUGGUAAAAACGCUGACAUAUCUCCUAGAGACAUAACUUCCAGUCUUUUUAAUAAACUAUGUGCACGAAAUGUGCAUAUUUGCUAAUACAGCAAGUUGGAAUCACAUGGAUGGAGAUUGGCCAAAAGGGAAUCCUCAUGGAAAAGGGCAGGCAGGAAGGAAGGAGUGAGUGAAUAAAUAAAUAAAUAAAUAAAUAAAUAAAUAAAUAAAUAAACAAACUCAUUGAGUAUAUACACAUCCAUAUACAAUAACUAUUAAAUAGAAUAUAAUAACAUAUUUUGUAAAAUGCUAUAAAUAUAAACAUAUAUCACUAAUAAUAAUACUACAAAGACAAUAAUGUUAUAAUCUGGCAUCCUGUUUUAUUCAGUGGUGGGCUAUUAAUCACGUGAGCAGCUUUCAUAGUCAAACGGUUGGCAUGAGUAAUGGGAAGUAUUCAGAUUCAGUUCUCUCUAAUUGUAAGUAAGCGUUGCACAUGCAUGUGUACAGUGAGAGUGGAGAAGCGCACUGUCAGUCAAGCGCGCUGUGUGGGGCGGUCUCUGCUCAGAGAUGUCUGAAUAUGUCAAGAAUCACUUCAGCUGCCGCAACCUUUUAAACAGCACUCCAUCUCCUCCAGUGACGCUACGAGGGAAGAGUUUCAUAUAUGCUGUUUAGCUUCAUAAGAUUAUGAGGGAUUCCUUUGCGAUUGCCGUGCGCAACGAGCCUACAGUGCAUUGGAGUGAAGGAAGAACAGCUGGAGCGCUGUCCAGCGUCCUGAAGUCAAGAAGCCAGAAGUGCUGAAGAGAGCACAGGCAUUCACAGAGGACUGUAUGUCUAUGCCGAUCAAGUCUUGAGAUGACUCGGAAAAGGCUGCGUUCUGUGGCUGUCUGGGGAUUCAUUGUGUGGGAAAUAGGAAUUCUGUUGAGUUUGGUAGCAUCAAAAGAACAAGAAAGCCCUCGAGGAAGAGCAGCAUCCAUGUCACCCUCAGUCUUCCUUGACAACCUCAUGGGAAGAAACUCAGGUUAUGAUGCCAGAAUUAGGCCCAACUUUAAAGGUCCGCCUGUGAAUGUAUCAUGCAACAUAUUCAUUAACAGUUUUGGCUCCAUUGCAGAGACAACUAUGGAUUACAGAGUGAAUAUAUUCCUCCGGCAGCAGUGGAACGACCCUCGGUUAGCUUACAGCGAGUACCCAGAUGACUCCCUGGACCUGGAUCCCUCUAUGUUAGACUCCAUUUGGAAGCCUGAUCUGUUCUUUGCCAACGAGAAGGGAGCGCACUUCCACGAGGUCACCACUGACAACAAGCUUUUGAGAAUAUUCAAAAAUGGAAAUGUCCUCUAUUCAAUCAGAUUGACACUGACGCUGUCUUGUCCAAUGGAUCUGAAGAAUUUCCCCAUGGAUGUUCAGACGUGCAUAAUGCAGCUGGAGAGUUUUGGCUACACAAUGAAUGACCUGAUCUUUGAGUGGCAAGAGAAGGGACCUGUGCAGGUGGCCGACGGACUGACCCUCCCACAGUUCAUCCUCAAGGAAGAGUCUGAUUUAAGAUACUGCACCAAACACUACAACACAGGCAAGUUCACAUGCAUUGAGGUACGUUUUCACCUGGAAAGACAGAUGGGCUACUACCUGAUCCAAAUGUACAUUCCCAGCCUGCUCAUCGUCAUCCUCUCCUGGGUCUCCUUCUGGAUCAAUAUGGAUGCCGCUCCUGCCCGUGUCGCCCUGGGAAUCACCACGGUGCUCACGAUGACAACUCAGAGCUCUGGAUCCAGGACAUCCUUACCUAAGGUGUCCUAUGUGAAAGCUAUUGACAUCUGGAUGGCUGUCUGCUUGCUGUUUGUCUUUUCUGCCCUGUUGGAGUAUGCUGCAGUCAACUUUGUUUCACGGCAACACAAGGAACUCUUACGAUUCCGACGGAGAAGGAAGAAGUCUGGCAAGACUUGCGAUCAAACAUUUGAUGAGGAGCUUACCGAGUCAUUGCGUCAUAUCAAUGGCCUACGCAGUGCCGAGCCUGUUUACGGAUCAAUGGGGCAACUCGACGAAUCCGAUGACAGGGAGGAGGAUGUACGGGAGAGCCGGUUGAGCUUCACGCCCAACGCAGGGAAAGACGGAGCCGUGCCCAAAGCCGCUAACAAUGCGGCCACAACACCCUCUGAGCCAGCCCUUGCUGCCAGCAAGAGUCAUGAGGAGAUGAGAAAACUCUUCAUCGACCGAGCCAAGAAGAUCGACACUGUGUCCCGUGCCGGAUUCCCACUGGCCUUCCUGUUUUUCAAUAUUUUCUAUUGGGUUCUGUACAAAAUCCUACGCCACGAGGAUGUGCACAAGCCAUAGAUGGAACGUGGCGUGUUGUACCUUGGGAAAUACUGUAGUAACACAGCAAAGCUGCAUCAAUGAACUCUGAUGUUAUUACUCCCGUUCCUGCCAUGAUCUAUGCUAAACUCUGAAAAUGACUAUGAAAAACUGUGAUGUCAAGGACCAGUGGUUACUUUCAAUAGUUUGUUUGUGUUGUGCACCCAUACAAGGACACUGCGCUCACUAUGCAAUGGAUAGGCAUCUGUAGGGCCUCUGACACACCUGUCCUUUAACAAAUAAUAAAAGUGGUCAGAACUUCCACACACCUGUUUAACACAGGAGCACAGUCCGACACCGAUUACAGACAGAUUGCAUUGAUUAAAGACAGAUGUGUGUGUGUCUUGCACUGGUUUUGUCUUACAGUUUUACUGCCAAUGUUCUGUGUUGUAUUUUUGAUAUACAGCUAUUGAAAAAUGGCAAGUAUGUAUCAGAGUACAAGAGCAGAACUGUACAGCAUAUUAUACAAAUUUCCAAACACAAUACAAUCUUGCUUAUUUUAUAAGGAAGUGUUGAAUAGUUUUAUUAGCAUUUGGUCAGCGUAUUGUACCCUCAAUCAUUUUGUCCCGACCUGAUUGUUGACCAGCUCUAGAAACCAGCAUCCAGGCCAAAAACAUUCUGAACUAAAUCUCAAGAAUGACCCUGAACCACCAGCAGAGAAGACUGUUCUGUUUACAGCUAUGGACACCUUAACACUAACUGCUUCAAGAAAGCACAUUUUCAAAACUUUAAUGGUUAGUGUACUGUCAGUAACCACAGCCAAAUUGAAACCAUUCUACAAGUCCAACUGAAGUUUUUCUCAAACAAAAGCAUUAUUGUUCAAAAACCAUUGCAAGUCACUUCAAGCUAAUGAUGCCACUGCAAAAUAAUGUGACUGGAAGUGUCAGACAUGUGUUGCAAAUUUAUGAAUGGAGAAAAGAGGUGGGCUGGUUAGGACAAUGACAGAGUCUCAGCCAGUUUGUUUUCUGAGAGUUGUCUUAUCAAAUAGUAAUGAAAAAAUGUAAAUGACUCAAUGAGGUAUUUGAAAAUGUCUCUUAAAGGUUAGUUCACCCAAAAAUGAAAAUUCUGUCAUUAAUUACUCAUGUCGUUCCACACCCAUAAGACCUUUGUUCAUCUUCGGGAACACAAAUUAAGAUAUUUUUGAUGAAAUCCGAGAGGUAUAUGACUCAUCCAUAGACAGUGUUGCGGAAAAUUACUUUUAAAAGUAAUGCAUUACAAUAUUGCGUUACUCCAUAAAAGUAACUAAUUGCAUUACUUAGUUACUUUUUAUGAAAAGUAAUGUGUUACAUUACUUUUGCGUUACUUUUUCUCACCUGGGCUGGGCUGUUUGUUUUUUAAUAACAACAAAAAAAUGUCUAUUUUUGGCGAAUGUUAAGGCCCUUUCACACCAAAAGUGAAAUGAAUAAGCCUCAGGCUUAAGGAAAUGUAUAUUUACGCCUGUACAGUAGAGGGCGCGGCUCAAACAAACAAGCCUUUCAGCUGUGCUGCCAUUUUGGAUUAAAGAAGAAUAGGAUACAGGAGAAGGAAGUUCAACACUCUUAUUUCUAAAUCUAAUCUAUUAGUAUGCUUAUUAGUAUGGUUGAAAUAGAUCAUUGAAAGUCAGCAGCAAAUACAUUGUUUAAAAAAGUGAGAUUAAAUACAUAAAGAAUAUAGUUAAUAUAGUUAAUUAUUACAGGUUUGCAUAAAAUUCAAGAUUGCCUUUCACUGUUUUUAUUAAUUUUGAGGAAUACUGAAUGUUUUCGUGCAAGUGAGAUGAGUAAAUGCUAGUUCACAUUUAGUCUAGACCUACAAUAACCAUCAUGUUUACACAGCACACACAACACCUCUGCACUUUAUUUCUCUCAACAUGGGGACAGGAGAGCUGUCAGUCAGUAAAUGUGAAAAAGUAUCUUGCGUUACUUAUUUGAAAAAGUAACUUAGAUAUUUUGUUGUAAAUUGAAAAAGUAAUGCGUUACUUUACUAGUAACUUGAAAAAGUAAUCUGAUUACAUAACUCAAGUUACUUGUAAUGGAUUACCCCCAACACUGUCCAUAGACAGCAAUUUAACUACCACUUUCAAGGUCCAGAAAGGUACAUCCAGAAAGACAUCGUUAAAAAAGUCAGCUUGACUGCAGUGUUUCAACCUUAAUUUUAUGAAGCAAUAAGAAUACUUUUUGUGCACAAAAACAAAACAAACAUAACGACUUUGUUCAACAAUAUCUUCUCUUCUGUCAUUCUCGUACACUGUUUACGUUCAGCACUUCCAGGUACAAGGUCAGAACGUCGGCUCAGUAUUGGCCGGCUUCUGCGUCAGAAUCACACACGUGUCCUGUUGCUCACGUGUACAGCGUCAGCCAAUACUGAGCCGCCGUUCUGACGUAGAACCUGGAAGCGCUGAAUGUAAACAGCCUACGAGAAUUAAGGUUGAACCACUGCAGUCACGUCGACUUUUUUAACAAUGUCUUUAGUACCUUUCUGGACCUUGUAAGUGGUGGUUAAAUUGCUGUCUAUGGAGGAAUCAUAUACCUCUCGGAUUUCAUCAAAAAUAUUUGUGUUCCGAAGAUGAAGGAAGGGUUUGGAACAACUUGAGGGUGAGUAAUAAAUUACAGAAUUUUCAUUUUUUGGGUGAACUAACCCUUUAAUUAAUAAAAUAAUUUGAGUGGUUUUAAACUAAUCUAACCACAUGAAUGGUGAUUAUAUGGCAAUGAAUUUUGAAUAGGAGCUAUUCAAUUCUACUAAAAGAGAGAACCAUAUUUAAUUCUGCCUCUAAGAAUAUUUUAAUUAUUCAUAGGGUACUGCAAAUGUAUUUAAAAACAAUGAAACAAUGUUUAAUAGUAUUAUCAAUAUUUAUUUUGUUGCACUGAAAUUCUGAAUUAUCUGUUAUGUGUUCUAUAAAUACUGUUCAAAACAGUUAAAAUACUGGGACCAGACUUUAUAAAACCUUUUGUUUUAUUUUGUUUUGUUUUGUCGUGAUGAUGAUGAUGGAACCCUUGUCUGGGAGAAAUGUAUUUCCUUUUCUUUGAAAAUAAAAGUAAUCUGCUGGAAAACUGUGCCAUACAAAUGAUCAAAGCAUAUCUAGUCUCACACAUUCCUAAGAGUAAAUAGAGCAGUGAAGUUGUGUUUUGAACACCAUCUGACAUCAGCAUUAAAUGGCACACACAUUCAUCAUGAAAUGGAUAAAGGAAGUGCAUAGACAUUUACAGUAUAAUGCAAGAGAUGUUGUAAUUUAUUUUGUACAAAUUAAUGUAUUAAAUGUUAUGCAUGAACUCAA